CUAAUAUAUCCUUCCCCUUAAUUAAAAAUUUCUGGUUAAAAGGAGACAAAUGGAAAAUGGCGAGGGUAUCGCAGAUUUGAACUUUCAAUGUUUAAAUUUAAACAAUAUAUAUAUCCAAAAUCAGCUCAUUAACUACAAAGGAGAGCAUUUUCCUUCCUAAUCACUGUAAGUCGGUGUGUCUACUGAAAAGCACGAGGAUGUUCCAUUUAGCUUGAGGAAUGACACUAAAUCAUCAAGGGCAAAUUUCCAUGCAAUAGAACAGCGAGAGACUGCGUAAUGCCGGGAAACAUUUUACAUGUAAUUUAAGCUCGAGUGGACUGAUCUGGUAGUCAGAACCACAAUAGCAGGCAAGGAUUUAAAACUAAUGGCAAGCAAUCAAGAUCCUAUGAGUGAGCAACCUAUAGAGAUGUCUUCAAGGGUGGAUGAAACCAAGACAGAGGUACAUGCAGAAACGAAUUGGGAUGGAAGCUCAGAUGCUGAAAGAAAGGAAUCAAUUAUUGAUAAAAAUGACAUAGUGGAUGAACUACAGUCCAAAGCAGUUAUAAAAACAGCGUUAAAAGAAAUUGAUAGUAAAGGGAAGGCUAUUGGAGACUUCAAUACGGACUCAACCAUGUCUGCUGAUGAUGUCGAAAGAGCUGGAGGUUUUGGAGCAACUGAUGACAUGAGUAGUUUACUUCCUGUUGCGCUUGAUUCCACUGACUUUGAGGCUUCAUUGCGAAGUGCUCGCAACUAUGAAGAAGAGCAAGGAGAAGUAUCUAGACCAGGGCUUGGGUGGUCUGGAAAAAGUGAUGCAGAUUAAUCAUAAAAAUGAUCUUGGUAUGUUAAUAAUUUCAUUAUGCCUUGGGCUCCAGCCACAUUGUUUGCAUUGAGUCUAAGCAUGCCCUAUGGCAGAUGUCAAUUGCCAUUGCCUUUUUGUUUAGGAAUUUCUGUCAGAUGCUUUCAUUAAAUCCCCUCAUCAUCCCUCAGGAAGUGUCACUUUGAACUAUUAUAAUGUUUUUGAGUCCUUAAAUUGAAUUUACAGAAGAGGGCAGGAUGGUAUCGGCUGAGGAUAUAUUACACACUUUCAGCAACUUAUUUCUGAUCGUGGGUUAUCAGUUCUCCAAAUAUUGACUGGGUAUGAUGGAAUGUUUAUAAUUUAAGAGGUAGGCCCAAAUGGUAGGCCUGAAUUAUAACAAAGUAGUUCUUCAAGCUAAACUUAAGCAAAAUAAGGUUUGGGAUAAAAUUAUCUGUAGCAACGGUGUAAUAAAUUAAUGAAUGAGCUUUAUGUAUUCCACUUGUUUUUUUAA